CUAGAAACGGAAGUGCAGCAUGAGUAAAAUUGUGUAUGAAGUUUACUUGUGUUGUCUCCGAAGGAACGACAAAAAACAGUGAUUCGGUGGAGGACGCAUUCUGUUUUACAUCUACAGCAUAUAGUUAGUCCUCUUGGACUAACCCUCUUCUUUCUCUGAGUGAGAACAGGAACAAAGUGUCAGGAUGGAUCCUGCUCUACUGAGAGAAAGGGAGCUUUUUAAGAAAAGGGCACUUUCCACCCCAACUGUAGAGAAGAGACAGGCUGCGUCAGACUCUGGAUCACACAAAAAGAAGAAACCCAAAGUUGACAAGGAGAGCUCCUCUAGUUCCAAACUCAGUAGUGAAUCUAAUGGCAGCUUCAACAUUAAGGCGAGCUCUGGGUACAAGUUCGGUUGCCUGGCCAAGAUAGUAAAUUACAUGAAGACGAGGCAUCAGAAUGGGGACACGCACUUCCUGACCUUAGAUGAGAUUCUCGAUGAGACCAAACUUCUUGACAUAAGCAUGAAGCAGAAACAGUGGCUCAUGAAUGAGGCCUUGGUCAGUAAUCCAAAAAUUGAAGUCCGGGAUGGAACCUAUGGCUUCAAGCCUAAAUACAACCUGAAGGACAAGAAAGCCUUACUGAGGCUACUGGAUAAACACGACCAACUGGGCCUGGGAGGAGUCUUACUAGAAGAUGUAGAGGAAGGGCUACCCAAUUCAGCCAAGGCCAUCAAGGCUUUGGGGGAUCAGAUCAUCUUUGUCACAAGACCAGACAAGAAAAAGAUCUUGUUCUACAACGACAAGCAUUGCCAGUUUUUGGUAGAUGAAGAAUUUCAGAAGCUGUGGAGGAGUGUUCCAGUUGACUCUAUAGAUGAGGACAAGAUUGAAGAGUACCUGAAGAAACAAGGCAUUUCCUCCAUGCAAGAAACGGGACCAAAGAAAGUGUUACCAAUUCAAAAGAGAAAGAAGCAAGCCGGACAGAGGAAGAGACACUUCAAGACGCACAACAACCAUUUGGCUGGAUUACUGGAGGAUUACUCAGAUGGCGUGCCUGUAAAGAAGUGAAAUAUAUUCAUUCAGUCCCAUAUGUAACACAAAUGCAUGGAGAUGGUUAUUCUAGACUGACUAUAACAUAAAAACUGCUGAUGAAUGUUAUUUCAAAAAAUUAGCUGUUUUUUUCCCCCCUUUCUUUGCAUUCCUCUCAACAAUCUCUGGUUUUACGUUACAUGGAGUCAGUAGUUGCUGUGUUGUGGAAACCUUUUGAGUAUAAAUCAGUGAAGGACAUGAAUACUUGGAUCAUUAGGAUAGCCGGCGCCCUCACCAAUUAAAGGGGAAACCACAACUUCACUGUUAAAGUAAAUAAGGUUGAAUUGUGUA